AUGACGGGCGGCAAGGAGAACGGCGCCACGGGUGGGAUUGUCGUCUUCUCGGGCGGCACUGCGGCCAAUUCUCUGGUCGAUGUGUUUAAUAAGAUCCUUGGCAAGCGUGGCUGUCCCCUACAGUACAUCAUCCCCAUCAGCGACAAUGGCGGAAGCUCGUCUGAGCUGAUCAGGGUGUUUGGAGGGCCAAGUGUUGGUGAUAUCCGAAGCCGUCUUGUUCGUUUGAUCCCGAACAAUGGCGACGAGGAGAGAGCGGCGCUGAAGACGCUGUUCGAGUACAGACUAUGCUCCGAUCCGCUCAAGGCGAGGACGGAAUGGCUCGACGUUGUCGAGGGGAGGCAUCUCUUGUGGUCGUUCAUCUCUAGCGAGAAGCGGGAACUCAUCCGCUCAGUGUUCAAUACAUUGAACAUGGAGAUCGUCAAACGUGCUAGGCCAACGUCGGUUUUCAAUUUUGGAGAGGCGAGCAUAGGCAACUUGUUCUUGACAGGAGCCCGCCUGUUCUCUGGGUCUUUCGAGGCCUCUAUCUACCUGCUGUCUAUGAUCUGCUCCAUCCCAGAGUCGAUAUCUGUGCUCCCAGCCAUCAACUCCAACUUCACGCACCACAUCUCGGCCGGGCUGGCUGAUGGCACGCAGAUCGCAGGCCAAGUAGCCAUCUCGCAUCCCUCGGCGCCGACGUCCGUGCCGGACAACACGAUCCGGCCGACGGGCGACCGCACCGAGGACCACGACCGCAUCGAGGACGCCAACCUGCCGGGGUCGCUGCCCGUGCUGCGGGGCCGGCACGCGGGCUUCUCCAAGGACGACGAGGACGACCUGCCGGCACCCGUGCGGCGCGUCUGGUACAUCAACCCGUACGGCCACGAGAUCUGGCCGCUGGCCAACCCCAAGGCGCUGGCGGCGCUGCACGCGGCGCGCAUGGUCGUCUACAGCAUCGGCAGUCUCUACACGUCCAUCGUGCCGUCGGUGGUGCUGCGCGGCGUCGGGGCGGCGCUGGCGGACCCAGGCCCCGGCCCCGGCCCCGGCCCCGGCGCCAUCCGCCACAAGGUGCUCGUCCUCAACGCGCGGCUCGACCGCGAGACGGGCGGCGGGCGGCACCCGAUGACGGCGACGGACUUUGUGGCGGCGAUUGCGCGCGCCGCGGCGGAGAGCCAGAGCGACUUCUCGGCGGCGGCGCACGAGGACGAGUACGGCCGGUACGUGACGCACUUGGUGCACCUGACGGGGCCGGGGGCGCCGGCCGUGGACGCGGAGGAGCUGGCGCGGCUCGGGGUGCGGUGCGUGGAGGUGCGCGGGAGGAUGGUGGGCGAGGGGCGGAGAAGGAUGCUGAGGUACGAUGAGGCUGGGCUGAUGGAGGCUCUGGAGAGGAUCACGGAUGAGUGA